AUGCUUCAUGGGAAAAAGGGCUUUGAUAGAAUCGUCUACGCGUUCAAAAAUGUCUUACAGUCACCAGUCACUUGGUUGUUUCACGACCUAACCAUGGGCGCCUCGGGAUCCGAUAUACUUGCCUCGCAUUUUCCAAGCGCAAAGGUCUGCAAUCCGAUGGUGAUCGAAAAUUUCACAUGCGACGUUCCAAAUUUCAGAGCACCUACCGAUAAUAUUCCUGCCAAUGAUGGCGACUUUGAGGACUACUCUGUGGACAUGUACGAAUGGCUGGCACUGAUGCUUCUCCAAAGCCCACGAACAUUCAAGGACGACAGAAUCGAUCCUCUUCUUUCUCGCUGCCGGGCUCCAGGGAUUUCCGUCACAAGUAGUGGCCUUGUCAAAGUCACAUGGCAAGGGUUUCUUUCCCCUAUGUGGGCCCACAAGACUUUCGUCGAGAUGCUGCUCACCCUUCCAAGCGAUGAAGUAGCACGAUACUGA